ACAGCCUGUUCUCACUGGUAGACCGGUCUGCACCGGCCAUUCUGGCGGGUUUGGGCCUGCCCUGUGGAAUGUGCGCGAUCUGCGCUGCCACGACUGUGACGCAAACGUGAGGGCUCUGUGACGCGACCUUAGCCACUCCUGAGGCGCUGGCGCUUCCUCUCCCGCGCUCCGAGCUGUCUCUUGGACCCUGUCUGUAGGCCCGGACCGCCCCUGGCGUUCAAUACUGCUUCCCACUGCCAUGGACGACUAUGCCGGUUUGUCCGACAAUGAACUGGCCGCAGUUCUACGCCAGUACAACAUCCCACAUGGGCCUGUCGUGGGCUCCACUCGCAAGCUUUACGAAAAGAAAAUCUUCGAGUAUGAGACCCAGAGACGAAGGCUAUCGACCCCCAACUCAUCAUCGUCUUCAUUCUUUCGGUUGUCAGACAUGGAUUCAGGCUCUGCUGACUCAAACAUGUAUGAUCUGCCCAAAAAAGAGGACGCCUUACUUUACCAGAGCAAGGACUAUAAUGAAGACUACUAUGAGGAGAGGUAUUUGACUACAAGGACUUAUGAGGAGCCAGAGUCCCUGGGCAUGUCCAAGAACUUCCGCCAUCCAGGGACAUCAUUUGGAGAUGCUGACACCUACCAUCACCAGGUGUCUGACGACAUUUUCUCUUCUUCAGAAGAGGAAGGCAAGGAUAGGGAAUGCCCCAUCUAUGGCCGAGACAGUGCCUACCAGAGCAUCGCACACUACCGCCCCAUUUCCAAUGUCUCCAGGAGCCCCCUUGGCUUAUAUUAUCCUACAUCCUCCACCUCUUCUAUGUCCUCCACUUCAUCUUCUCCUUCUUCAUGGCUUACCCGUCGUGCCAUUCGGCCAGAAAAGAAGGCCCCUGUUACUGCUCUGGGCCAGGAUCGACAGGUCCCAAUCUGGGGUCAACUGUUACUCUUUCUCAUUUUUGCUGCCUUUCUGCUCUUGGUUUAUUAUUCCAUACAAGCUGAAGAGGGCAACCCUUUCUGGAUGGAUCCCUGAAAGUUAUUUGUUUCAGAGCAGCUCUUAACAGGAGUUUUGGCUGAUUGCCUUAGCAGUGUUUUCUGGGGAUGGGUGGGUAGGGGCUUUUUUGUGUGUGUUCUAGUUAGGGGGUGCAGGACCUAGCCUAGGGCAAUGCUUAUCUCCCACCUCAUCCUGCCAAGAAAAACAGCAAAUUCUGGCCUUCCACAGCCCAGUGGGCUCACAUGUACCUUCCUCUGGCGCCUCCUAGCCCCAUUGCCGCUGACCCUAAGAGGCUCACUGGGGGUUGGGGGGGAAACUUCACCUCAUUAGAGGAAAACUUGGUAGUGGUGGUGGUGGUGGUUAUCAUGCAUGCCUGUUUGUUGUCACCUUUUAUUAACCAAAGGUCACCCUGGCUUUGUUAUCAUGAACACAAUAAAAAACAUGUUUAUUUUUA